ACACACGGGACAACAUGGCGGCCUCCAUGUUAUUGACAAAAGUUCGACCAACUUUCGCUGGAGUUUCUGGUCUUCUCAGGUCCACCAGGCGUCCAGAAACUGCCAAGGUGGUGACAUGUUCCUUCUCCACGACACGCACGCGGCCCGUUCAGUUCUACGACAGUCCCGUAGAUGCUGUGCGAGAUAUCGAGGAUGAUUCCACGCUUCUGGUUGGGGGUUUUGGUCUGUGUGGGAUCCCAGAAAACCUGAUUUCCGGCCUGUUGGAGACUAAAGCUAAGAACCUGACGUUAGUCAGCAACAAUGCUGGGGUUGAUGACUUUGGCCUUGGGUUGUUACUUCGAACAAGACAGGUGAAGAGGAUGAUUUCAUCCUACGUUGGAGAGAACGCAGAGUUUGAGAGACAAUAUCUGUCUGGAGAGCUGGAGGUGGAACUCACCCCACAGGGUACUCUGGCCGAGCGUAUCCGUGCGGGCGGGGCAGGUGUCCCAGCAUUCUUCACUCCCACGGCGUACGGAACCCUGGUACACGAGGGAGGGGCGCCCAUCAAGUACAACUCCGACGGUUCUGUCGCCAUCACAAGUGAACCAAGAGAGGAGCGGAUGUUUAACGGGAGGAACUACAUCAUGGAGCGAGCGAUCACUGGUGACUUCGCCCUGGUGAAGGCUUGGAAAGCAGACAGGAUGGGCAACCUGACAUUCAGAAAAGCUGCCAGGAAUUUCAACCCUCCGAUGGCAAAAGCUGCCAAGAUCACCAUAGCAGAGGUGGAGGAGAUAGUUGAGUCCGGCACCAUCCCUCCAGAAGAUGUUCAUGUUCCCAGUAUCUUUGUGCAGAGAGUCUUCAAGGGAGACAAAUUUGAGAAGAGAAUAGAGAGACGAACACUGACCAAGGAAGCAAAAGAUGACAAGCCCAAGAGUGCCGCAGCCCUGGUAAGGGAGAGGAUCAUCAGGAGAGCAGCACUGGAGUUCGAGGAUGGCAUGUAUGCUAACCUGGGUAUCGGGAUCCCGAUGUUGGCCAGUAACUACAUCCGACCAGGCAUCACCAUCCAUCUACAGAGUGAGAACGGCAUUCUGGGACUGGGCCCCUUCCCCCGACCAGGAGAGGAGGACGCUGACCUGAUCAAUGCUGGGAAGGAGACAGUCACCAUCUUGUCUGGAAGUUCCUUUUUCUCCAGCGACGAAUCCUUUGGCAUGAUCCGAGGAGGCCACAUUAACCUGACUAUGUUGGGAGCCAUGCAGGUGUCUCAGUAUGGAGAUCUCGCCAACUGGAUGAUUCCGGGGAAAAUGGUGAAGGGCAUGGGAGGUGCCAUGGAUCUCGUCUCUGCUGCUGACACCAAGGUCGUAGUCACCAUGGAGCACACUGCUAAGGGAGGAGCACACAAGAUCCUGCCCCAGUGUAAACUCCCUCUCACUGGAACCAAAUGUGUCAACACCAUCAUCACUGAAAAGGCAGUAUUUCAGGUGGACUCAGAGACAGGUCUGACUCUGACAGAGAUCUGGCCUGACUUCUCUGUGGAGGAUAUUAUAGGAGCCACAGGCUGUGAAUUCCAGGUGGCAGAUGACCUGAAACCCAUGGCACAGGUGGAGGUGUGAACGCAGCAGUGGGAGGGAAGCAGGGUGACUGAACAGCCAUCAAAGGGGAGGGGGGACAAUUAAGAGAAUGGCUGACUCUCCAAGUCUGAGAUGAUCAUUGGUUGGUUGAGUUGAACACUUGUUGCUAGAUACUAUUUUCAUCUUUUUAACUUUGUCUUCCUCACAAAAGACUACCACAGAUCAUCAGAGAUGUACUAGAAUGAUGGAAAGCAUCUAGUUUGAAGAAUGCCUAAAGAAGAAAUUUUGUUGCCUCUAUGCUGUCGCUAUUUGUAACUAGUGCUGUGUACCUAAACCCACAUUUAGGUUCAGGUCCGGAUUCAAGUCCAGAGGUUUAGGUUCAGUUCCGGACUUAUAAGUCCAGACCUAAACCCAUGGCUUAUACAAAAUUGCAUGUUGGCAACCUUGCAAUGUUGUCUGGGUGAAACUUUGGCUACAUAACAUGGAGGCCGACACUUGACGAUGCAGAUGGCAAUGUUUUCUUCAUUUUGCAGCAAAGAUUGUGCCAUCUACGGAAGUUUUUAGAUAGUUUGGAAAGAAAAGGGGUAUGUGGAAUGGUCUUUUAUGGUAAUAAGUCCAGACUUUUAGAUUUUUUUGGACUUGAACCAAAACAUUCUUACAAGUCCGGAUCCAAGUCCAGUGAAUCGGUACGCAGCACUAUUUGUAACUGAGUUUUGAAUCAGGAUAGUUCAGAUACAACAGUACAUAUGUAUCAAUGCUGUUAAAAUCUUUACGGUACCAGUCUGUAUACAUUUUUGACAUCUUCAUUGAUUAGAAAUGGGUAACUUGGUUUCAGUGAUGUCAAAAAUUGGUAUUCAUAUAAAGUACAACAUACCAGUAACAGAUGAUGAUAGCAUGAAAACUUUGAUGUAGUUUAACUACAAUAUUUAUAAACUACAAAUGUUUGAAUCCGUCUUUGCACUGACCUCUUUAAUUAGAAAUUACAGUUUGUGUACCGAUUAUGUAUUGAUAAUUAUUACAUACUCAUAUAGUAUUACACAGCCAUAAAGUAUCAACAGAUCAGUCAUUGAAUAAAUGGGUUUCUAAAACAUCAAGAUUGUUAGAAAGAUGCACUUUUUAAAGUAGUGUCAAAUACUUAACUUUUGUUUGGACUCACUAUACUGUGAUAACAGUACUACAGAACAGUAGGGAGUCAGGGAAAGCACACCAAAAUUUGUAUCUGCUCUCUUGCUUGUGUAGGUCCUUAUCUGUACAAAUAUACACAAUGUGCCUGUCCAGUGAUGUCAUGUGAAAUAUUGUGAGAAUUGUAUUCAUCUGUGUUGUUUCUGCUGAGAUCAAUAAAUUGUCUGUUCAACUUA